AUGCUUUAGCACUUUAGCUGAUCCGGGUCGAAUGGUGGCUGUGAGCGAUGUGUUCAGCAUCUCCGAUCUGGUCGCAGUGGAGGAUCACCUACUGGACUGGCUGGGCGUCUCGGAGCUGCUACCCUGCCGCCCAGCCUCCGCAUCGCUCCGGCGCUGUGCGCAGCAGCCGCUGGCGCGGCAGCUGCUGCAACGGCUGCAGGGCGGGGCAGCGCAGGGAGCUGCCUUGAGAGGUCUGGGAUGCGUCUUGGAAGGCUCAGUGGCCACCCAGCGCUUUGCAGCGCAGCUGGCGGUGGGGUUCUUGGGUGACACCAAGGCAUCCAUGCGCCAAAGUGCCGCCAGCGUUCUGAACCGUUUGGGAGAUGUGGAGCUGGACGUUGGCGCCUCGGUGUGGUCGACCUUGGGCCCUGCGUUGAGUGACGUUGAUCCAAAGGUGAGCGCCGCUGCGGCCAAAGUGCUAACGCGGAUGGCGCCCAAACAUGAGGCAGCAGUUGCGGUAGUGCGGCAACUGCAGCAUUCCUCGCCACAGGUCCGACGUGCCUCGCUUCAGGUCUUGGGUCAGUUGCAGGUGAAGAGCAAGGCGCUGGUCCGACGCGUCAUUGAGAUGUUGCUGGAUAACGACUGGCAAGUUCGAGCCAUGGCAGCGCGAACACUGCCGCGCUUGGUGGAGAGAGGUCAAAAUGUCGCAGCUGCUGAUGCUCUAGAGGCCGCGCUGGAGGAUCUCCAUCCCGUGGUGCGGCAGAACGCCGCCGGCGCGCUGGCUCACGUGGCCGCAAAUCCGUCCUUGCCUUUUGUGAUGAAGGCUCAAAAUGCCAAGCUGAAGAGGAAGGCAGAGGUGUUGCGAAGCACUCCGCGCAGAGCGCAAGGGUAGGGGAGAGAAGCCUUGAGCCUCGAUGACCGGUCUGGGGGGUAUGAAGGGGUGGUUCAACA